GCAGGAUCCUUGAUGAUGGCAGUUACAAGUUGGACCACUUCUGUCCUCAGGAAUCCGUCAUGAGCAAGCUUGCAACGCGUCCUCGAGCAUAUAUAACUGUUCUUUCUCUGGUACACUCUUGAUCGCCAAAACUCAAACUUCUCUCCAAAGGGCUUCUAGACCGUUUGCCUCCUCCGCCCAUUUUCUUCACGCUCUCGCCCCCACUGCGACUAAGUGAAUCUAUAUUCCAACCAUCCUAGCCCUACCAGGCCACAUAUACAUUUUCAUCAUUGCAUACAACCAACCGUCCACCACCACAGCUGCAUUUUCGUCCGCCAUUCUCUGGUGGUUUCGGUUCCAAUCCCUCCACGCCUGGGGGUCGUUUGGGUGUCAACAAUGUGCAAUCACUUCAAAAACUACUACAUAUACAGCACCUGCAGCCAGCCUAGCUCUCAUAUUAUCCGCACAUCCGUGGACGAGCCGAAAGAAGCCCGAUGUGCCGAAUCACCACAUGACAGGUUCAUUGUCGUCGUAGGGAAAUGUUUACUUUGCAAUCGCCACUGAUGGGCUCUUCCAGUCGGUGGACUUGAACCUUUGCAGUAUAUUCGACGGCCAAUUUUCAUCCAACUGGCGCUGCAGCGGCUUUUUCGACUUUUGUUUCCUUCUCUUCCUUUCUACCGUGUAUUUCUUUUUCACUUUUCGCCUUUUUUCCCCUUCGUCUUCUCCAGAGAAAAAAAAAGGACGAUGAUUUUGGUUUACCGUCCUUUGCUUGUGGCUUAUGAUACCUCUGCUUUUUUUUUUUUUUUUUUUUUUU